AUGGCCGAAUAUCAAAUGGUUAGCGAUUUAACACCAUGGGAGGAAUACAAGCAAACCAUCAAAGGGAAAGUUCUCAAGCGUUGGGAGACUGUUGAUUCAAACGGAAAGGAUGGCAUGUAUCUUAUCCUGGUUGAUGAAAGUGGAUCUCGAGUUGCUGCUACCGUUGAUGAAACACAACUCUCAUAUUUUCAACAUGUCUUUCAAGAAGGAGUUUGGGUUCAGAUUUCCCAGUUUGGCUUGGCUAAUUCCGGGUGGAAUGAUAGAUCCACUAAACAUGCUUACAAAAUCAUCCUCUUUCAGAAAACAAAGGUGAAUUCUAUCAGACCAUUAACCGACCAUCCUUUCAUCAGUUUCGUUGAUUUUGCGAGUGUUCACAACCGUCCUUAUGCUCACUAUUAUCCGAUCGGAUUCAGAGAUAUUGUUGAAGUUAUUGGUAACUAUGGGAAAACGGUUCCAACUCUGCAUUUUCGUAUCAAUGAUAUCGAGGGAACUACACUUAAGUGUGUUGCACAUGGUGAUUUGGCCUAUUAUAUAAAGGAAAAAUCUAACGGUGAGAUACUGAAUGGACCAACUCCCAUAUGUGCAUUGACUGAUUGGAUGGUCAAGAAAAGCUUCAGAUGUGGGUAA